AAUUUCGAUAUCGGUUCAAAAACAUAUCCUCAGCAGAGAUACAGAGUAAGGAGAAGAAAAACCAGACGAAAAGAGUGAAAGAAAGAGAUUAAGGAGAAGUUCCAAGAGAAAGAUCGACCACUCUGGUUUUCCGAGGUGGCGACGGCAAAUACAGAAGAAGAAACGCGGGGCACGAGGCUCCAUUGUUUUCUAUCGUCUCUGUUGUCGACUAUUGGAGGUGUAUUUGGGCAGAUUCAAGACUCAGAGAUGGCAUCAAGACCUAUUGUCCCGCAGCAGCAGAGAGGUGGGGUGGUUGCUGGGGUAGGGAAGCAGAAGAACGCUGUAGCAGAGGGAAAGAACCGGCGAGCUCUCGGAGAUGUUAGCAACUUGGCUGUUACAAAUAUUCAAGAUAUCUCUCGCCCUGUAACAAGAAAUUUCUGUGCACAAUUACUCGCUAAUGCACAAGCCGCAGCACAGAAUAAUAAGAAGCCAGCCACAGUUAUUGUUGAUGGGGUAGUGAUUCUUGAUGCUGUUGUGGGGGAAAAGGGAGGUGUAGCAGGAAAGGCAGCUCAAAAGAAAGUGACUGUGAAGCCAGUUCCUAGUACAGUAAUCGAGAUUAGUCCAGAUACAGAUGAGGAAAUCAAAAAGAAGAAGCCGGUAAACCAGAAAAAAUUGAGAGAAGGGUCAUCAGGGAAGAAAGUGAAGACCCUCACAGCAACCCUAACUGCUCGAAGCAAGGUUGCUUGUGGUUUAGCUAAUAAACUCAAGGAGUUAGUUGCAGACAUUGAUGCAGCAGAUGUUAAUGACCAGUUAUCAGUUGUUGAGUAUGUUGAAGACAUUUACCAGUUUUACAAGAUCAUGGAGCAUGAAAGUCGAGUUCACGAUUACAUGCAUUUGCAGCCUGACAUUAAUGGCAAGAUGAGGGAGAUUCUUGCAGAUUGGUUGAUAGAAGUUCAUCACAAGUUUAAAUUAAUGCCUGAAACUCUCUAUCUUACCCUUUACCUUGUGGACCGUUUUCUUUCCAUGAAAACUGUCCCAAGAAAGGAAUUGCAGCUGUUGGGCAUAGGUGCCAUGCUCAUUGCGAGCAAAUAUGAAGAGAUUUGGGCUCCUGAGGUGGAUGAAUUCAUUAACAUUUCAAACCAAGCGUACACUCGAGAACAGAUAUUGGUGAUGGAAAAAACAAUCUUGGGCAGGCUUGAAUGGAGCUUGACAGUUCCUACACCUUAUGUCUUCCUGGUUCGUUUUAUCAAGGCUUCUGGGCCUGAUCAGGAGAUGGAAAACUUGGUCUACUUUUUGGCUGAGCUUGGUCUGAUGAGCUAUGAAAUGAUCAUGUAUUGCCCAUCAAUGGUAGCAGCUUCAGCAGUCUAUGCUGCUAGAUGCACGCUGAGCAAGACACCUCUCUGGACGGAAACCCUUAAACACCAUACUGGUUAUGUGGAAGCACAGCUUAUGGAUUGUGCAAAACUGCUAGUGAACUUCCACUCUUUAGCAGCAGAGAGCAAGCUGAAAGGGGUUUAUAGGAAAUAUUCAAGUCCACGACGAGGUGCUGUUGCUCUGCAUCCAGCAGCCAAGAAUUUCUUGGAUCAUUUCCCAAAUAUUUCCAAUAUGUCCCUUGUGUAAAAAUCACAAUCUCUUCUCUGAUAUGUGAUUUUUGUCCUCCAAAAGAUAUGUCCCUUUUGUAACAAUCACAACCAAUUAUCUAGUUGUGAUUCGCUAUUGAACUCUUGUGAUCAGUUUAUUUGAUGAUUCCUGAUUCCGAGUAUAUGUAGUCAUUGUAAGUUUGUUUGCAUAAAUUACAUUCGUGAGAUUCAUUUCUGUAA